CAUCACUGCACAUUUCCACUAAGUUAGAACAUUACUAAGAGGAGACCCGAGAGGACGGCUCUAAGUGGAACUAUGGACGUUGGAUCCAGAAAGCUGCUGCUGCUGAUCCUGUUGUUGAAUAUUACAGGAGUUCAGGCUCAGCACAGUGUAAUUCUCUCCUCUCAGAGUCUCUGUGUUGUUACUGGAUCUACAGUAAAAAUCCCCUGUACAUUUACACCUGAUCACUCCAGUGUCACACAGAGAGAGUGGUAUCAAGUCCAGAGCUCUGAAGGAGAACCACGAGACCUGAGCAAAGAUCCACAAUACUCAGGACGAGUGUCUGUAAGCACAGUGACGUCUGACUGUGAGCUGACAGUGAGGAAUGUGAGAGCGAGUGACUCUGGAGUUUAUAACUUCAGAUUUAAAACACAGAGCAGUGACUGGAUAUCAGCCUCAUCUGGAGUUCCUCUGACUGUUACAGAUCUGAAGGUUGCAGUAUCAGACUGGGAGAGCUACAAGUCACUGAGCUGCAACACCACCUGCCCCUACAACCCCACUUAUUUCUGGUACAGGAACGGACAGUUUAAACUUCAACAGGACAGAGGUGAACUGUAUGUCACUAGUGAGGAACCAGGCAGCUACUCCUGUGCUGUAGGAGGACACGAGGAGCUUCGCUCUCCUGCUGUCUGUGUUUUUGAUGAGAAGAGCUGCUGGAAUGUGACGUACUCCACCCAGAAUAUCUGCUCUCUGAUUGGAUCAUCAGUGGACAUACUCUGUGAUUUCACGUUUACUGAUCAUAACAAGGUCACAAAAGUGUUCUGGUUCAUUAAAGAGCAGGCUGGUGAUGAACCUGUGGAUGUGAGAGAGGAUGAGGAGUAUCAGGGCCGAGUGCAGUACACACAGAUCUCCCAGAAUAACUGUAGUCUGAGAAUCACUAACCUGAGAGUGAGAGACGCUCAGACAUACAGAUUCAGAUUCUACACUGAUGAUCCUACAGGCAAAUACACCGGUGAUCCUGGAGUCUCUCUGUCUGUCACAGAUCUGAAGGUGACAGUAUCAGACUGGAAUAACGGCUACAAGAAUCUGAUCUGCAUCACCACCUGCACUCUGUCUAACAACCCCACUUACAUCUGGUACAAGAACGGACAGCGUGUUACUGACCCGUACAGAAAUUAUCUGUAUGUCAAUAGUGGGGAAUCAGGCAGCUACUCCUGUGCUGUAAGCGGACACGAGGAGCUUCGCUCUCCUGCUGUCUGUAUUUUCAAUAAGAAUAGCUGCUGGAGUGUGACUUACUCCUCGCAGACUAUCUGUGCUCUGAUUGGCUCAUCAGUAGACAUCCAUGGUUACUACACCUUCCCUGAACAGAGUCCCGCCCUGCAACCUGUCUGGCACAUCAUGGGCAGAGAACUGAGUCAUACAGAUGAGAAAGUGGAGUUUCUUAAGGAUAGACCAAACAAGAGCACACUGAGACUGAAAAAUCUAACAGAGAUGGAUUCAACAAAAUAUCAACUCCUGCUUAAAGCCACUUAUCAUAAACAGACAUACGGCUCUGAUGGUGUCUAUCUCUCUCUCACAGGUCUGCAGGUGAAAGUUGCAGUAUCAUACUUACAGAGCAUAACACUGAGCUGCAUCACCACCUGCACUCUGUCUAACAACCCCACUUACAUCUGGUACAAGAACGGACAGCGUGUGUCUGAGUGUAAAUCUGCCUCCUGCUCUGUAGCUGCAGUCGGUGGUGCGGUCAGUUACAGCUGUGCUGUUGAAGGCCAUGACAGUCUCCUCUCUCCUCCGGUGUAUUCUCCUAAAAACACCAGCGCAGUGGUUCUUUCCUCUGGAGACACAGUGGAGGGGGAUUCAGUGACUCUGAGCUGUAGCAGUGAUGCAAACCCUCCUGUUCUCACCUACUCCUGGUUUAAACAGAGAGCAGCUGCAGACACACUGCUGACAACAGGCCAGAAUUACAGCAUCAGCAACAUCAGCUCCCAGCACAGCGGACUGUACUACUGCACUGCUCACAACGGGCUGGGACAGCACAACUCUACACCAACACUCCUGGAUGUGAAGGGUAACUCUACACCCACACACCUGGAUGGAUUAAAAAUUUAUUAUUUAACACAUUUUUUUUUAGAUGUAUGUAUAUGAUGAGGCUUUUUAUAAGGUGAAGUUUUUAUAG